CACAAGACACGCGACUCGGGACUGAGUGCGGACGACGGUAGUCUUGUCCAGUGCUGCACGUUGGGCAUCCAAUCGGCACAAAUAUCGCGGAAUCUCCUUCUCACGAGCCCGAGCCCGGAAGCGCGAAAGCAACGCGACAAUGGCCACGCGCAGCGCGCCCCCGCCGGGCCUCCCAGCAAAGGUCGCUUCGGUGCCGCCCAACCAGACCCUCUACGUCACGAAUCUCCCGUCAGCCAAGAUCCAGAAGGAAGACCUCAGGACGGCGCUUUACAUGCUGUUCUCAACUUACGGCUCCGUGCUUGACGUAGUCGCCCUCAAGACGAUGAAAAUGCGCGGACAGGCCCAUAUCGUGUACAAGGACAUCCAAACAGCGACACAGGCGAUGCGCUCACUCGACGGGUUCGAGUUUCUCGGUCGUCCGAUGAAAAUCUCCUACGCCAAGUCCAAAUCCAACAUCAUCGCCAAGCUCGACGGCACCUUCAAGAUCCCGGCAGCAAGCUCGGCGGCCCGAGUCGAGGUAACCGACCUUCAGCAGAGCAUCUUCAAUGCCCCCGUGCCAGGAUCCUCCACAACCGGCGCGCCCCCAGCAGCGCCCGGCCUCCCCUCCAAGCCGCCAGGAGGCGCCGACCACGCCGCGGCCGAUGCCGGCACUCCCGAGAGCCGUGGAGUGAAGCGGCCGAGAGAAGAGGAGGAGCCGGAGGAAGAGAGCGACCAGGACGUGGCCAUGGAGGAGGAAAGCGAUGAAGAAUGAUACCCCGCCCAUGCACGUUAGCAGCAGCCGUGGGCAAAGGAAGCGUAACGGACGCCGGGUGUGGCGAUCCGCUCUGCUCGAUCUAUGAUUCCAGCGCCAUCUCGGCAGGCACCCAGAGCCCAACACAUCCACCGACCAGGCCGAGCCACACCAUGAGGUAGUUCUCCAUGGAGCAGUCAAACCUCGUCAUGGCCUCGCCGAGCAAGCAGGGAUGUACAAAGAAGGAGGGGACGCCGGUAACUGGGUGAUGCU